AUGGACGAGGCCCUUGACUUUGGUGGCAUCUGUGUGGGUUGGUUUAAGGGGCCUAGUAAUCAAAACCUCCCCCAAAACGCUGGUGAAUUUUACCACCCUUCCUCAACCUCUUCUAAAAAUACUCAAGAGGGUGCUGCUGCUCUCUCUGAAGUAUCCAGGUCCAUCCUCGUCGCUGCGGCGACACCCACACCCGCCACCGCCGUGACUGAGCAGAUGACCCUUCGUGGCACCCUCGAGGGCCACAAUGGAUGGGUGACCCAGAUCGCUGCCACUCCCCAGUUCCCGGACAUGGUACUGUCCGCCUCUAGAGACAAGACCAUCAUCAUGUGGAAGCUGACCAGGGAUGAGACCAACUACAGCAUCCCACAGCGUGCUCUUCGGGGUCACUCCCAUUUCGUUAGUGACGUGGCCAUCUCCUCAGAUGGCCAGUUUGCCCUCUCUGGCUCCUGGGACGGAACCCUUUGCCUCUGGGAUCUCACAACGGGCACCACCAUGUGCCGAUUCGUGGACCAUACCAAGGAUGUGCUGAGUGUGGCCUUCUCUGGCUCACGAGACAAAACCAUCAAGUUAUGGAAUCCUCUGGGUGUAUGCAAAUAUACUAUCCAGGAUGAGAGCCACUCAGAGUGGGUGUCUUGUGUCCGUUUCUCGCCCAUCAUCGUGUCUUGUGGCUGGGACAAGCUGGUCAAGGUAUGGAACCUGGCAAACUGCAAGCUGAAGACCAAUAGUCACAUGGGCCACACAGGAUACCUGAACACUGUGACUGUCUCUCCAGAUGGAUCCCUCUGCGCUUCUGGAGGCAAGGGUGGCCAGGCCAUGCUGUGGGACCUCAAUGCCCUGUGUUUCAGGCCCAAUUGCUGCUGGCUCUGCGCUGCCACUGGUCCCAGCAUCAAGAUCUGGGACUUGGAAGGCAAGAUCAUUGAUGAAUUGAAGCAAGAAGUUACCAGUACCAGCAGCAAGGCAGAGCCACCCCAGUGUACCUCUCUGGCCUGGUCUGCUGGUGGCCAAACUUUCUUUGCUGGCUACACAGACAACCUGGUGCGCGUGUGGCAGGUGACCAUCGGCACCCGCUAGAAA